AUGCUAGAUUUGAAGGCAAUUAAAGAAUACGAUAAUACUGAAGUGAUAUGUAGAAAUUGUGACAAAAGAAGCGCUCAAAAAAACGCUGCCCAUGUAGAAGGAAGCGUGCGGAGGUUUGCUGAUGAAUUGAUAUCAGUUAUCGAAGCGAAGAAACAAGCGAUCAUCACUGAAGUCAAGAGUCAAUGCAACGUCAAGAGGUUAGGCAUGGCGAGAAUAAACCAAUCAAACCAUUGGUACUUUGAAGCGCUUAAUCCCACCAAAACCAGACCACAUCUGUCAAGUGCCACUGGAGAAGGAGUCAAGCGAGCGUACGAAGGGCGGAAAGCAAAUAUAUUUUUGACAACUAGGAACAGAGAGGGUGAACAGAUUUACCAAAAACACGACUGUUUGACGGUAAAAGUGAGUGGUUUAUUUUCUGAAAAAAAAAAAAAGCUGGAAACUCAAAUCCUCGAUAACAAAGAUGGAACCUAUAAAAUAAGUUAUUUUCUUGGAUUCAAGCGUGACUUUAAGUCAUCAGAAUCACUCAAGUUACAUGUAAAUGGAGCACAUGUUCAUGGAAGUCCCUUUGCCGUUUGUGUUGAGACAAGAAAGUUCAAACCCGUCUUGUCUUUUGGACAACAAGGUUCCUCCGAGGGAAUGUUUAAUGGGCCAUGGGGAGUGGCAGUUAAUGAACGAGAUGAAAUUGCAGUGACUGAUUCUGGUAACCACAGGGUUCAGGUAUUCAGCAGUGAUGGAACUUACUUACGAUCAUUUGGUGGAAAGGGAGAUAGACAGGGACAAUUUCACACGCCCUCUGGAAUAGCCUUUGAUGCAAAUGGAAGGAUUGUUGUGGGGGACAGUGGCAACCAGCGAAUACAAUUUUUCAGUGGGGAGGGAGAGUAUAAUUGUCAGAUCAUUAGCAACACAGGUCUUGAUCCCUUUGCGCCAGGUUCAGUUACGAUAUAUCUGGAUGACCAUCGUAUCAAAAUGUUUGAUAGGGAGGAGAAGUUUCUGAAUAAUUUUGGUAGUAAAGGAAUAGGAAACAAGCAGUUCAAUGAACCAUGUUGCUUAUCAGUUGACAAGGCAGGACAACUGAUGAUUUGUGAUAAAUUGAAUCACAGGGUUCAGCUUCUAGAUAUUCCGAGUGGAAAGUUUCACACCAAGUUUGAGAUGAAAGGAGAGGCAUUUGUAAUAGUUAUGUUUUCUCCUGGUGGUCAACUUUUGCAUACAUUUGGUCAGGGUAAGAUCACCUCUCCCAGUCACUGUAUUCAAUACAAGAGUUAUCUUUUUGUGUCAGACAGGGGUGACCAUUGUGUUAAAAUGUUUGACAGGAAAGGGAUAUUUUUGAACAAGGUCGGUACUGAGGGGAUGGGAAACAAGCAGUUCAGUGACCUUGGAGGCUUGUCAAUUGACCAGGUGGGACAGCUGAUGGUCUGUGAUAAACUGAAUCACAGGGUACAGCUACUUGAUAUUCCAAGUGGAAAGUUUAGAACAAAAUUUGAAAUAAAAGGAAAGGAAUGUUUGGGUACCCCAGUCUCUUUAGGGGUUUUGAGUGAUGGUAGAAUAGUUGUGUCUGUCAUGCGUAAUCAUUGUAUUCAGGUAUUGGAGUAGAUCUGAUAAUCAAUCCCUGCUGUAGUAUAGCACAAGAGUGGACUUCCUUUCUUGCAUAGCAGUUUUCUUUAAAUGCGUUGAAUAGUUAGUUUUCAUUUUAGAUUUGACUGGGCAAAGCUGUGCUUUUCAAAGAAACAGUGGUUGCCCCGAUGCUCUGGUCUCAGAAAUCUGGGUGACAAAGGUUUCAUUAAUUUCAGUAGAAAUGAUGAUUAAGACAAGUAUCAUUAUUAAGUUUCAUAUACUAGUACAGUACUGUUUAGUAGUCCUUUUCAACGUGCUUCUAGAAGGUUGCCGUGGGUAAAGCCCUUUACAUAUAAAGUUCACCUAAUGUAUAUCUACUGUUAAAACAAUAAUACGCAAUUGCACGUUCUGUGACAUGAGUAAAAAUUAUAGUGAACUUUUUUUUACAUAGUUGCUAGAAUAUUCGAGAUCAGUUGUCACGAUUCACAGGCCUACAUAGAGAGAAAUAGAUUAAAGAACUAAUUCAGUUUACUUAAGUAAUAGAGAGUUAUUUGAAAGACCAGACUUUGCUUUUGACUAAAGUAGCCCACAUUUACGCGUGACAGUCAAACACUGACUGUUUUGCGACAUCAGCAAAUAUUUUGUUAAAGCCGGAACGGUUGCAAAGACCUAUUCAAGACUGUAAUAUAUAGUAAA